UUUUUUGCCACCAGUCCCCAGACUGAGGGUGCUUUUCACUCCCAGCUGGGGGGAGAGAAGAGAGCGGAGAGGAUGGUCCACGACCGCUGGUCUCGGCGCUGAGGAAAGCGGAGCUCCAUCUCCGUGCGCCGACUCGAUCUCCGCCAACUAGUUGUGCAGCCACCCAGACUGAACUUUUGGAGGAAUCGUCCUUUUUCUUUCCUUUCAAGAUUCUUGGAAGUGGUAGAGAGUGGGAGGCGAAGCCGAGGCAGCUGAUCCCUCCACGAUGCUGGUGAAGAAGCAUGCGGGGAAAGGUGGGGGCCGGGAGCCAGGCUCCGAGGACCCGAGGCAGCGUUGUGCCUGGACCGUGCCGCCGUGCACCUCCCUGGCGGCCCUUCUCUCAGUGGUGGCCCUGAUGUCUUGUCUGUACCUUGGGGUGAAAACCAACGACCUCCAGGCGAGGAUCGCUGCUCUCGAAGCCGCAAAAGGGGACCCUUCCAUCCAUCUGCUCCCUGAUCGCCUGGAUCAGCUCAAAGCAGUGGUGCAAGAGAAAGUGGAGCAACUUCUGGCUCAGAGAUCCUAUGAACAUAUGGCUAAAAUAAGAAUCGCAAGAGAAGCACCUUCAGAGUGCAACUGCCCAGCAGGUAAAAUGGAACUUAUUUUUUAACAAGGUUUCCUCCAUAGCAGAAUAUUUUUAAAACAAAAGUCCUGUAUCUGUCAAGUCUACCUGUAAUAAUAGUAAAGAAAGAAUGCAGGCCCAACUUACUUUAAUAAAAUCAACAUGUCUCAGUCAAAAGAAUGGCAAAUAAAGCCCCAAAUAUUAUUUUAAGCAGCAUACCAAGGCCUGUUAGGGGAAAGCAAAGGAGAUAAAGAUAAUCACCAAGAAAAAUACAAGCAAGAUGGCAUACAAAGACUAAGUUUUUAGAUUCACAGAUUUGAAAAAUAUUCUUCCUUUUUAUUCAGUUUUAAUGUCUGUGGUGAAAAGGACUGCAGAACAUGUUAGAUUCUGAAUUCCCUGGUGGCUCAUACUGCAUUAGUACAGAUCUCCAUUUGUUCCCUUUGACAUACGGUUAUGUUAGUAAAUUACCCUAACCUCCU